CCUUCCAACAAGUCAUUCAAGACCAAGCGUAUCUUGGGCAAGGCUCAAAAGCAAAAUCGACCUAUUCCCCAGUGGAUCCGCAUGCGUACUGGCAACACAAUCAACUGGAACGCAAAGCGUCGUCACUGGCGCCGCACCAAGCUCAACCUUUAA